AUGUUACAGUUUGAUCAACUAGAGUUUGACCAACUAGAGUUUGACCAACUAAAGUUUGAUCAACUAAAGCUUAGGUUUGACCAACUAGAGUUUGACCAACUUGAGUUUGACCAACUUGAGUUUGACCAACUAAAGUUUGAUCAACUAAAGUUUGAUCAACUAAAGUUUAGGUUUGAUCAACUAGAGUUUGACCAACUUGAGUUUGACCAACUUGAGUUUGACCAACUAAAGUUUGAUCAACUAAAGAUUAGGUUUGACCAACUAGAGUUUGACCAACUUGAGUUUGACCAACUAAAGUUUGAUCAACUAAAGUUUAGGUUUGACCAACUAGAGUUUGACCAACUUGAGUUUGACCAACUAAAGUUUGAUCAACUAAAGUUUAGGUUUGACCAACUUGAGUUUGACCAACUUGAGUUUGACCAACUAAAGUUUGACCAACUAAAGUUUGACCAACUAAAGUUUGAUCAACUAGAGUUUGACCAACUUGAGUUUGACCAACUAAAGUUUGACCAACUAAAGUUUGACCAACUAAAGUUUGACCAACUAAAGUUUGACCAACUAGAGUUUGACCAACUUGAGUUUGACCAACUAAAGUUUGACCAACUAAAGUUUGACCAACUAAAGUUUGACCAACUAAAGUUUGACCAACUAGAGUUUGACCAACUUGAGUUUGACCAACUAAAGUUUGAUCAACUAAAGAUUAGGUUUGACCAACUAGAGUUUGACCAACUUGAGUUUGACCAACUAAAGUUUGAUCAACUAAAGUUUAGGUUUGACCAACUAGAGUUUGACCAACUUGAGUUUGACCAACUAAAGUUUGAUCAACUAAAGUUUAGGUUUGACCAACUAGAGUUUGACCAACUUGAGUUUGACCAACUAAAGUUUGACCAACUAAAGUUUGACCAACUAAAGUUUGAUCAACUAGAGUUUGACCAACUUGAGUUUGACCAACUAAAGUUUGACCAACUAAAGUUUGACCAACUUGAGUUUGACCAACUAAAGUUUGACCAACUAAAGUUUGAUCAACUAAAGUUUAGGUUUGACCAACUUGAGUUUGACCAACUAGAGUUUGAUCAACUUAAGUUUGACCAACUAGAGUUUGACCAACUAGAGUUUGACCAACUAGAGUUUGACCAACUUGAGUUUGACCAACUUGAGUUUGACCAACUUGAGUUUGACCAACUUGAGUUUGACCAACUAAAGUUUGACCAACUAAAGUUUGACCAACUAGAGUUUGACCAACUUGAGUUUGACCAACUAAAGUUUGAUCAACUAAAGAUUAGGUUUGACCAACUAGAGUUUGACCAACUUGAGUUUGACCAACUAAAGUUUGAUCAACUAAAGUUUAGGUUUGACCAACUAGAGUUUGACCAACUAGAGUUUGACCAACUUGAGUUUGACCAACUAAAGUUUGACCAACUAAAGUUUGACCAACUAAAGUUUGAUCAACUAGAGUUUGACCAACUUGAGUUUGACCAACUAAAGUUUGACCAACUAAAGUUUGACCAACUAAAGUUUGACCAACUAAAGUUUGACCAACUAAAGUUUGACCAACUUGAGUUUGACCAACUAAAGUUUGACCAACUAAAGUUUGAUCAACUAAAGUUUAGGUUUGACCAACUUGAGUUUGACCAACUAGAGUUUGAUCAACUUAAGUUUGACCAACUAGAGUUUGACCAACUAGAGUUUGACCAACUAGAGUUUGACCAACUUGAGUUUGACCAACUUGAGUUUGACCAACUAGAGUUUGACCAACUUGAGUUUGACCAACUAAAGUUUGAUCAACUUAAGAUUAGGUUUGACCAACUAGAGUUUGACCAACUUGAGUUUGACCAACUAAAGUUUGAUCAACUAAAGUUUAGGUUUGACCAACUAGAGUUUGACCAACUUGAGUUUGACCAACUAAAGUUUGAUCAACUAAAGUUUAGGUUUGACCAACUAGAGUUUGACCAACUUGAGUUUGACCAACUAAAGUUUGACCAACUAAAGUUUGACCAACUAAAGUUUGACCAACUAAAGUUUGACCAACUAGAGUUUGACCAACUUGAGUUUGACCAACUAAAGUUUGAUCAACUUAAGAUUAGGUUUGACCAACUAGAGUUUGACCAACUUGAGUUUGACCAACUAAAGUUUGAUCAACUAAAGUUUAGGUUUGACCAACUAGAGUUUGACCAACUUGAGUUUGACCAACUAAAGUUUGAUCAACUAAAGUUUAGGUUUGACCAACUAGAGUUUGACCAACUUGAGUUUGACCAACUAAAGUUUGACCAACUAAAGUUUGACCAACUAAAGUUUGAUCAACUAGAGUUUGACCAACUUGAGUUUGACCAACUAAAGUUUGACCAACUAAAGUUUGACCAACUAAAGUUUGACCAACUAAAGUUUGACCAACUUGAGUUUGACCAACUAAAGUUUGACCAACUAAAGUUUGAUCAACUAAAGUUUAGGUUUGACCAACUAGAGUUUGACCAACUUGAGUUUGACCAACUUGAGUUUGACCAACUAGAGUUUGACCAACUUGAGUUUGACCAACUAGAGUUUGACCAACUUGAGUUUGACCAACUAGAGUUUGACCAACUAAAGUUUGACCAACUAGAGUUUGACCAACUAGAGUUUGACCAACUAGAGUUUGACCAACUAAAGUUUGACCAACUAGAGUUUGACCAACUAGAGUUUGACCAACUAGAGUUUGACCAACUAGAGUUUGACCAACUAGAGUUUGACCAACUAGAGUUUGACCAACUAGAGUUUGACCAACUAAAGUUUGAUCAACUAAAGUUUGAUCAACUAAAGCUUAGGUUUGACCAACUAGAGUUAGACCAACUAGAGUUUGACCAACUAAAGUUUGAUCAACUGAAGCUUAGGUUUGACCAACUUGAGUUUGACCAAUUUGAGUUUGACCAACUAAAGCUUAGCUUUGACCAACUAGAGUUUGACCAACUUGAGUUUGACCAACUAGAGUUUGACCAACUAGAGUUUGACCAACUAGAGUUUGACCAACUAGAGUUUGACCAACUUGAGUUUGACCAACUAGAGUUUGACCAACUUGAGUUUGACCAACUAGAGUUUGACCAACUAGAGUUUGACCAACUAGAGUUUGACCAACUAAAGUUUGACCAACUAGAGUUUGACCAACUAGAGUUUGACCAACUAGAGUUUGACCAACUAAAGUUUGAUCAACUAGAGUUUGACCAACUAAAAAACUUCUCGCUUGAGGCACCAGCCCUGGGAUUUGACGAGUACCUCGCCCUCGUCUUCCCCGCCCACCCCAUCGUUUGUGAUGCCAUUAUCGUCGCUGAUACCAUCAUUACUACAGGGUACCAUCAUUACUGCUGUAGAGACGACGACGAUUGA